UUCAAGAGUCGGACCUAGUACUAGUACAUUGGAGCAACAUCGUCAGCCGCUUUAACGUUUCAAACCACCACCACAUUCCAGAACCAAAACCUAAAACCUCCUUCCCAGUUCCCACCCUACUUCGUCUCUCUCUCUCUCUCUCUCUCUCUCUCCUCCCUACUGACACAGCUCCCAUCCGCAGACCGCGAUCUGCUCUCAGUUCAACUGUUCUCUGCGAAAAAAUGUCGAUUCGAUCGUUGAACCCGAACGCGGAAGUACUGAACAAGUCUGCCGCGCUGCACAUGAACAUCAAUGCCGCCAAGGGCUUGCAAGACGUCCUCAAGACCAAUCUUGGUCCCAAAGGCACCAUCAAGAUGCUUGUUGGUGGAUCUGGGGACAUUAAGCUCACUAAAGAUGGUAACACACUCUUGAAAGAAAUGCAAAUCCAAAAUCCAACUGCAAUUAUGAUUGCAAGGACUGCAGUUGCCCAGGAUGAUAUUAGUGGGGAUGGAACAACUUCCACUGUCUUGUUCAUUGGCGAACUUAUGAAACAAUCUGAACGUUGUAUUGAUGAAGGGAUGCACCCUCGUGUUCUGGUUGACGGUUUCGAAAUUGCCAAGAGAGCAACACUGCAGUAUCUUGAAAAAUUCAAGACCCCUGUAGUGAUGGGCAAUGAACCUGAUAAAGAGAUACUUAAGAUGGUAGCAAGGACAACCUUAAGAACAAAGUUGUAUGAAGCACUAGCAGAUCAAUUGACGGACAUAGUUGUAAAUGCGGUACUUUGCAUUCGGAAUCCUGAGGAAGCUAUUGACCUGUUUAUGGUUGAGAUUAUGCACAUGCGCCAUAAGUUUGAUGUAGACACCCGUUUGGUUGAGGGUCUUGUCCUGGAUCAUGGUUCAAGACAUCCUGACAUGAAGAGGAGAGCUGAGAACUGUCAUAUCUUGACGUGCAAUGUAGGCCUGGAGUAUGAGAAAAGCGAAGUAAAUGCAGGCUUUUUCUACUCAAGUGCAGAGCAGAGAGAGGCAAUGGUUACAGCAGAAAGGCGUUCAGUCGAUGAAAGGGUGAAGAAAAUCAUUGAGCUAAAGAACAAGGUUUGCUCCGGUAAUGAUAGCAACUUUGUUGUUAUCAAUCAGAAAGGGAUUGAUCCUCCAUCCCUGGACCUUCUUGCUAGGGAAGGGAUAAUAGCUCUUAGAAGGGCAAAGAGGAGAAAUAUGGAGCGUUUGGUCUUGGCUUGUGGUGGGGAGGCUGUCAACUCUGUUGAUGAUUUGACUCCUGAUUGCCUUGGAUGGGCGGGACUCGUGUAUGAGCAUGUUCUUGGAGAAGACAAGUACACAUUUGUGGAAAAUGUGAAGAAUCCUCACUCCUGUACAAUCUUAAUAAAAGGACCCAAUGAUCAUACAAUUGCCCAAAUUAAGGAUGCUGUUCGUGAUGGCCUGAGAGCAGUGAAAAAUACAAUUGAAGAUGAAUCUGUAGUCCUAGGAGCAGGGGCUUUUGAAGUUGCAGCCAGACAAUAUCUAGUGAAUGAAGUAAAGAAAACUGUUCAAGGGCGUGCUCAACUUGGCGUUGAAGCUUUUGCUGAUGCCCUUCUGGUGGUUCCGAAGACACUAGCUGAAAAUUCUGGCCUUGACACUCAAGAUGUCAUAAUUGCUCUUACGGGAGAGCACGAUAGAGGAAAUAUUGUGGGAUUAAACCAACACACUGGAGAACCUAUUGACCCUCAAAUGGAGGGUAUUUUCGACAACUACUCGGUCAAGCGCCAAAUCAUAAACUCUGGGCCUGUGAUCGCAUCCCAGUUGCUUUUGGUGGAUGAAGUGAUUCGUGCAGGGCGUAACAUGCGGAAGCCAACUUAGUUGUUUUACGUUUGCCUAUACUUUUUUACCAGGUUUUGUCUUCUUUGUUGGAGGGCAUUGGAAUUGCCUAUGUAUUGUUUUCAACUGUAUCUGCACAAAUGAGACUGGUUGUCGUUUUUGAGGUUUGUGGAGGGCUUCUUGGUCAUGAUCCCUGGAAUUUUGUUUAGAAUUGGUGAACCCUUGGUAUUACCAUAUUCUCAUCUUUUGUUCAUGUUUACACCA